UCAAGUUCUUCUCUUUUUCCUCUUUGCUUAUAAAUACCACCACCAACUCUCCCCAAUUCCUUCACAGAAAAACUAGUAUCCACAACACUUUUCUCCAAGUUUCUAGCACGGAAGAACGAAGAACAGCAUGGGAAUCUGCACAUCUACUGAAUACUCAGUCAAAGGCGGAAACCAGAGUUGGCAAUCCAUGGUGAACAUAGUGAAAAUAGAUGGAAGGUUGGAGCAACUGAAGGAGCCAAUUAAGGCAUGGCAUGUCUUGUCUGAGAACCCAAACUGCUACAUCUGCUGCUCAGAAACCAUGUAUGUUGGAUCACCAAUGCUUCCUGUGUCUCCAACGGAAGAUCUUCACUUGGGUCUCAUAUACUUCCUCGUACCACUUUCCAAAUCCCGUGUUCCACUCUCUCUUCAGGACCUGGGGGCACUAGCCAUCAAGGCUAAUGCAGCUCUAGCUUCAACUGCAACACCUAACUACCCAAUCUUGAAAGCUAAUCCACAAAAGAAAUUCCGUACGCAUCCUACACUUUCAAACGUUUCUCUGGGCUAUUCCCAUUAGAUUUUGGAAAGUGGGUUUGGAAAUUGCAUGUGUGAUAUCUUCACACGUGUUGUGAAAUCUGAGGAUUUAUCUGCUGGAUGUUGAUGGUGAAGUCAAGAGACAAGCUAGAUAUGUUGAAGACUGGCAGUUUCGAAGUUCUGCAGAAACUUUCAUGAAAUACAACGAAGAAUUACAUAUGAUGGUUGAAUUGAAAGUUAACAUUUUCAAGGGAAUUAAGAUGACGAAGACCAGAUUAUCGAUCAAUUCCUACUCUGGAGAGUACUCAUGUGAAAUGGACGAGACUUCAUAAUUAUAAGCCAGAAAUGAAAUCUGUAUGCUAGAACCUAUUCUGGCUAAUAAUCAUUUUUUGUCAAAUAGUUAUCUAGACUUAAAUUUUUUGACCUAUUGGGUUGUCUAUAUGUCUGUACAUCAGCUUCUUGAGAUAAUUGAAUUUAAGUUGUUGUGCUUUAGCACUUUGCAAUGA